UCAGUAUCUGUGAAGAACGAAGAGAGUCUCGUCGUCAUGGCAAGAACCAAACAAACCGCCCGCAAAUCCACUGGUGGAAAAGCCCCGAGGAAGCAGCUCGCGACUAAAGCCGCCCGUAAGAGCGCUCCAGCCACCGGUGGAGUCAAGAAGCCUCAUCGUUACAGGCCCGGUACCGUAGCGCUGAGAGAGAUCCGCCGUUAUCAGAAGUCCACUGAACUGCUGAUUCGCAAACUGCCUUUCCAGCGUCUGGUGAGAGAAAUCGCUCAGGAUUUCAAGACGGAUCUGCGCUUCCAGAGCUCCGCCGUCAUGGCCCUGCAGGAGUCCAGCGAGGCCUAUUUGGUCGGUCUCUUUGAAGACACCAACUUGUGUGCCAUCCACGCCAAGAGGGUCACCAUCAUGCCCAAAGACAUUCAGCUGGCCCGCCGCAUUCGUGGAGAACGCGCUUAAAUCCCCAGCGGCGUCCCGCACAUCAACCCCAAAGGCUCUUUUAAGAGCCACAUCAAUUACACUCAACGAGAUAUUUUCCAGUCUUGAUUUUUAGUGGCUUAUGAAGCGAUAUUGACCCAAUGUGUAUUUGGAGGAUGUUGUUCAGAGCACGUAAUCAUUAACACUUCAUGUUAUUAUAAUGGUUUCCUCGUUUUACUUUCAGUUUAACUGGCAUUGAAGGUGUCUAGAUUGAAUGUGCGAUACUAUAUAACACACUUCUGUUAUACGACUAAUAUCAGUUUGCAUUGAUAAUAGUUUAUUGUCAGAGUCUUUUGUGUUCAUUUUCUGUAAGUCUCGGUUAAAGUUACACACUAAAUGUCAAAUUACAAAUACUGUGUUCUUCCUUUACCAUAGACUUACAGUAACAUCAAUGUAAAUAUAUUUACACAUGUAAAGUACAAUAUUAUAAUGUAAAUAUAUAGAAAAUAAUUGGAGUGAAGGAUCUCUUUAUUUUAGUUCUGGUUUGUAGUGAAUACAUUUCUGUUUGGUAUAUUUGACCUAUAUGAUGCAAUGAAGUUAAUGACCCUCUUCAGUUCUUUUCUACCACCUUCUCUGUCAGCAGCUCCUUUUAGACAUUUUAGAAAGCCUCUCAAUUCUCUCUAAAACUGAAUGUUAUGAGAUUGAUGUUUUAAAAACAAAAUUAUGAAUAUAGAAAUAAAAAUUAAACUUUAAAUGUAAAAUUAAAUUAUAAAAGAUAUGCUCUAUCAAAACAUUAAACCUGAAGACUGCUCUGAUGGUGCAUUUCAUUUACACAGAACCAAAGCAGCAGAACUGCCUUUGAUACAUGGGGCUAAGGUGGAACAAAGAGAAUAUACCAAAGCCAGUUUCUGUCUCAGUUGAUUAAAAAAUGUCAUUCUGUGAAUCUUAAUAAUGAGAUAUUGUCAUUAUUAUGAGAUAUCAUCUCAUAAUAUUGAGAAACUUUCUCAUAACAAUGGCUUAGUAUCAUAAUGAGAAACUCCCAUAAUUAUGAGUUGAUAUAAUAUUAAGCAAAAAAACAUAAACUUUUUUCAUAAUAAUGACCUCAUCAAAUUAGCCAUAGUACAAUAAUAAUAAAAAAAUACAGCGAUUUUACAACGACAACUGUCUCUUCACCAAAUCUCAUCUUUCAGUAGCCUCUUAAGAAAUGUAAAAAACCAUCUAAAUGACUAUUAAACAACCAUUAAACAAGAAUUGCAAUUAAUUGUUUAAAAUAAAUUAAUUGCUAGUGUUUAUUGUUUCCCUUCUAUUAUUU